AGAGCCCUUUCCUCGACCAGUGGCUCUCUUUCAUUGGCUCGGUGCACUGGACCGGCAAACAGGAAACACUACAACACCAUGCCUGUUUCUGUCGCUACAUCAAGUCUCUACCACUACCGCUGCUACUACCUCGCAUCAUCUUCACUAGAACCAGCCAGCACUCAGACAGACGAUCAGAGAGAGAGAGAGCGGGGAGCCCCCUGAAAGACAGACUCGGCGGAGUAAAGAAACAAGAGACUGUGGCUGAGGCUGGACCAGGGUUACGACGCUACAGACUGACGCCAAGCAUCUGCUGUGUUUCUGUUCCUGCUGCUGGAACUCCAUGCGAGAGGAGAACAAGUGGAGCGGCGGAAAGAGAGAACUGCUGCUGAGAGUCUGGAAGAGCUGGAAGACGGAAAACAAAGCCCACGUAGCAACACCGCUCUGAAGUGGCUCAGGAGAGACAUACUGACUGACUCUCAAGUGGCUCAAGAGAGACAGACUGACUGACUCUCAAGUGGCUCCAGAGAGACAGACUGACUGACUCUCAAGUGGCUCCAGAGAGACAGACUGACUGACUCUGAAGUGGCUCCAGAGAGACAGACUGACUGACUCUCAAGUGGCUCAAGAGAGACAGACUGACUGACUCUCAAGUGGCUCCAGAGAGACAGACUGACUGACUCUGAAGUGGCUCAAGAGAGACAGACUGACUGACUCUCAAGUGGCUCCAGAGAGACAGACUGACUGACUCUCAAGUGGCUCAAGAGAGACAUACUGACUGACUCUCAAGUGGCUCAAGAGAGACAGACUGGCUAACUCUGAAGUGGCUCAAGAGAGACAGACUGACUGCUGCUCCAGUGGAUGCUCAAGACCACGUUGUGACGCUCCAAGACUCACUGACACGAGGGUUGGCUUCUCCCAACACACCUGACUGAAGGACUGACCCUCGGGUUGUGACCAGAGCAGUGGCUCAUGCAGACACCACACACCAGGACAUAAAGGGAGUUAGUUCUUCUCGACCUGUAGAACCUGUAGAACCUGUAGAACCUGUAGAAUUCUCUUUGACGUCUGACUGUCAGCGUAUGGAACACUGAAUGAACCUCCCCGUUAAAAGGACUUCGGUUCAGGUUCUGUAGCUCUACGGCCAGACUCUUGUAGUUGUAAGACUUGAUUGUUUUUGCUUCUCUUGAUUCUGACUGUUUGUCUGUGCGCUCAGUGGAAGACCCCCCCUUCCAGCUCUGUGCCUCAUGGCUUGCUACUACAUAGUCAUCAGUUCUACUCACCUCAGCAACGGCCACUUCAGGAACAUCAAGGGAGUUUUCCGCGGACCCCUCAGCAAGAAUGGCAACAAGAACUUGGACUACGCGGAGAAGGAGAGGACGACGACCAUGGCCAAGGCCUUGGAGGACCUGAAGGCCAACUUCUACUGUGACCUGUGUGACAAGCAGUACUACAAGCAUCAGGAGUUUGACAACCACAUUAACUCUUAUGACCAUGCUCACAAACAGAGGCUGAAGGAGCUGAAGCAGAGAGAAUUUGCCCGGAACGUGGCCUCUAAGACCAGGAAGGAUGAGCGGAAACAGGAGAGAGCACUCCGGAGGAUGCAUGAGCUGGCCGAACAACGCAGAGAGGUUCAUUGCGCUCCAGGCAGUGGCCCCAAGUUCAAGUCCACUACGGUGGCAGUGGAGGGCAGAGACAUCUGUACCGGUGGCCCUUCAGAGGAGUCCAACAACUCCACAGUUCUGGAGACAGGAACCCACAACUACACCAGCACCGGCACUGGCCUGGCCACCAACAGCAAGACCCAGAAAACACUAUACUGGCCUUACACGGGAAAGGCCAAGAAACAGACUUACAACAGGCACAAAAUAGCAUUCUCAUUCUCCUUCCCAAAGAAAGCAUCCAUGAAGCUGAAAUCUUCGGCCUCCGUGUUCUGUGACAACACAGAGGAGGGUUCCAAAGAAUGUGUCAGAAGACAGAAGCUCAGAAUGCCCCUUGUUGAGUUGAACAUUCUGGACUCUCCUACUGCAGAGGAAAAGGGACUGGGUCAUGGGACUGUGGAGGCUAUUGACACACAGCCUGGUGAUCUCAGCUCAAACAGUGUUAGUUUUAGUGAGUGGAGCCAGAGGCCAUCAGAUGCACUAGCCACGUCCGACAUCCCGAUGCCACCACAGUGCUCACAUUUGUGUUCUGUGCUAGUUAACUCUGAGGAUAUGGCCAGACCGUAUGUGUCCUCCGUCUCCCAAUUACCUGCAUCCCCAGGUAACCCAGACACAGUACUAGAUAGACCGAACUCUGAGGAAACACAGAGAAACAGCCCAACAGAGGCCGAGCCGGAAACAAGCAAACUCCAACAAGAUCAUAAAAUAGAGGAGAGUGUCUGUGGGGAAGAGGACUCCUCCAUUAGCAGUUUCUCUUCUGAUUUCCUCUCCGGUUCUGAUGGUCCCCCUGAGAACGGCUUCUCCUCUCAAUCCUCUCAGUGUCCUGGGACUGUGAGAGAGGAACAGAAAGGAGAAGACAUUACAGUGGUGGUGAAGACCCUGUCUUUCACCAAGCCCAGCCAGCCCUUCUUCUCUGUGCUCAGCAGAGAUGGAAACACUGUUCUCCAGUGGCCUACAGAGAUGUUGACCUUCACCAGGACAGAGCCCUGUCUCUCCUACAGCUGCAACCCCCUCCAUUUUGACUUUAGGGCCUCACAGCAGUGGCAGAGCAGGGCGAAGGUUAGUGUUGGUGACAGUCAGAGUAAUUUAUCUGUGGCUUUGUGUAUCAGCUCAACCUCUGUCUGCGCUGAGGAACCAACAGAUGUUGACAACAAGCACAACAACAAGGCCUGCUCUGGCCCAAACCAUCAGAGCCCUAUCAGAGACGGCAGGGAGGCAGUGAAGAGGAAGGAUUGUCUCAUAUGUGAGCACCACACGAGUGACACAGACACAGAAAGUUGCAGCUUGCGACUUAAGAGACACAGCAGUGACGGAUAUAGUAGGCACUCAAAAGGUAGGACUCAAUCUGAGAAAAGAGCAGCAGGUGGCGAGAAAUGGAAAUCCAGAGACAGGCGCCAUUAUAGGAGCCACAAGAAGAAGGGGAGGAGGAGGAGGAGGAGGGGGAUGAGAGGAGGGGGUGAGGAAGAAGAGGAGCACCACAGAGAGAGGGAGACGGAUGGAGGGUUGGAGAGCAAUACAGAGAAAUGCAACAAAUUUCAGAGACGGUCUGAGUGUUGGGAAGGACUUGAUAGCCAAUUUAGAGUCCCCACUUCACAGCAAGUGCAGCCAUUAGAGAAGUCAAAGCAAUCGGCUGAGGACAGUGGCUGCGCUGCUCCCUUUGCUGCGGAGGACAGGGAGACGGAGAGAGAGAGGGAGAGGAAGCGUGUGGUGGAGAGGGACCGGGUUGUGGAGAGGGAGGAAGAGAGAAGAAGACAGGAAACAGCAGGCAGAGUAAACGGCUCAGCGGGCAGCCUCAGCCUCUCGGAUGAAAAGGUGUUUGGGAAGAGCGUCAGGAGAGACCCGGUCCAUCCAUCAACAGAACAGAUAAACACUGCAGGGCAUGGCUCAAAGAGCUCCCAGAGUCAGAACGACACCCCUUGCCCUGAGAAACCUCCUGGGGUUGUUAGACAAAACCCAAGCAGAGUGAUGACAGUCACGGCACCAGAGAGCUUAGUCACCAUUACCCAAAAAGUAAGCAUGGCCCUUUCACCCGAGAGGCUUGGUGAAGACUUGUGUGAGAGCAGGGCCCUGAAACGGAAAAGGACAGCAUCAAUGUCUCUGGCUGAUAAGGAGCAGGGCCUUGACCUCCAGGGUCCAUGCACUCAGUGUCAGCCAGCUGUAAUGGUAGAGCCCAGUAGGCCAGUCCUAUGUACCCAGUGUCAGUCAACUGUGGAAGAGUCCAAUUGGCCAGAUGGUUCAAUGGGUGAGGAGCGGUCUGCUUGGUCUUGCUGUGUUUCUUGUGGUGGGGAGGGGAGACAGAGGAAGAGACAGAGAGCGUCCAGUUAUACUCCUCACAUCUCAGACCUUCCUGUAGGUCACAAUGUUCUCAUCGCAGACCUUCCUGUAGGUCACAAUGUUCACAUCUCAGACCCUCCUGUAGGUCACAAUGUUCACAUUUCAGACCCUCCUGUAGGUCACAAUGUUCACAUCUCAGACCCUCCUGUAGGUCACAAUGUUCUCAUCUCAGACCCUCCUGUAGGUCACAAUGUUCACAUUUCAGACCCUCCUGUAGGUCACAAUGUUCACAUCUCAGACCCUCCUGUAGGUCACAAUGUUCACAUCUCAGACCCUCCUGUAGGUCACAAUGUUCACAUGGCAGAACCUCCUCUGGACGUACUGUCGGUUGACAGAUGUGAGCUGAACGUCCAGAGUGAGAAUCUAGUGAAUACAGCUGUGGAAUAUCUUGAGGUUAAAGGUCAACUUGCCAGCUGCAGUGCCUUGAGUCAGCCAGCUGUAGAGCACGACAGUAAGUCAAUGGGAGGCUCUCCUCGGCUCCAGAUUCAGAACAAUGUUCCCGGCAUGAAAGAAGAAUGUUCCUUGUCUCCCUCUCAAACUGGACCUGUAAGAGAUCCCCCAAAUCCCCCAGAAAUAAUUGGUAUUACUAAUGAAAACAAAAACAACACUGUUUGCCUCCCCAACUCUUCCACUGUUUCUCUCCCGAUCAUGGUACGUCAUAUAGGAAUGGGUAACAUGGGACAAGAUUGUAUAACAAGGAAAUCAGUGGCAGUGGCUGCCCAGGUCAGUCCACUGGGUGUGAGAGAGAUCAUCCCCCUGUCCAUCCCACAGAUGUUUCACAGACAGAAAACCAGUUUGGACAAGUCAUGUCAGCACAGUCCCCAGAGCCACCCCACCCACCAGGAGUGCCACAGCCCCCAGCAUACCCAGAUUCAGAGGUUUCAUCCUGGGGUUAGGGUUCAGGACGAGAGAGGGUUCAUGGAGAGCCUGAGUCCUGGCGUUACUAACGUUACAGCUGGCCCCUUCCACAAUCACAGACCACCAUGUUUCCAUCCGCAUCACCUGCCUGACGGUAUGGAGAAACACCACUGUCUCGUUCAGAUCCAGACCCACAGGCACGUCCUACACCACCAUCAGCAACAUCAGAUGUUCCCUGGAAAGAUGAAGCAAGUUCUGUCUGGGUCUCCUGUCGCGGUGUCCACCUCCUGUCCUCCCAUGCUCCAUCCCGUCCACCUGUCUCCAUCCCCCAUGUCCCCCAUGCCAACCAGGUCCAUCACUAUCCGACACACCAUUCUCCAUCACCAGCAUCACCACCGUGCAGCCUUCCUCCCUGCUCACCCCCAACCAACUCUCUUACCCCAUGUUCUUCCUGUCCCAGUCAGCAGCCUGCCUAUUGGGGCAGAAAUGUGUCCCUCUGGCCCCUACCCACCUCCUUUUGUGACCUCACCACCACAACUCUCGGUAAUGGCCCCGCCCAGUUUACACCACCACCCAAUGGCGAUGACAUUCCACGCCAUGCCCCGUCCAGCCAUGUUCCCUUCCAUGCUGCAGCCACACCCACAUCCCACUGUCAUCCCUCUACAGCCCAUGUUUUGAUGACAUCACAUCCCACUGUCAUUCGGGCUACAGUCCAUGUUUUGAUGACAUCACAUCCCACUGUCAUCCCUCUACAGCCCAUGUUUUGAUGACAUCACAUCCCACUGUCAUCCGGGCUACAGUCCAUGUUUUGAUGACAUCACAUCCCACUGUCAUCCAUCUACAGCCCAUGUUUUUGAUGACAUCACAUCCCACUGUCAUCCGGGCUACAGUCCAUGUUUUGAUGACAUCACAUCCCACUGUCAUCCGGCUACAGUCCAUGUUUUGAUGACAUCACAUCCCACUGUCAUCCGGCUACAGUCCAUGUUUUGAUGACAUCACAUCCCACUGUCAUCCGGGCUACAGUCCAUGUUUUGAUGACAUCACAUCCCACUGUCAUCCGGCUACAGUCCAUGUUUUGAUGACAUCACAUCCCACUGUCAUCCGGGCUACAGUCCAUGUUUUGAUGACAUCACAUCCCGCUGUCAUCCGGCUGCAGUCCGUGUUUUGAUGACAUCACAUCCCGCUGUCAUCCGCGCUACAGUCCAUGUUUUGAUGACAUCACAUCCCACUGUCAUCUCAUUGCUGGACAUGUUUUGAUGACAGCGUCAUGUAACAUGCCACUGCAGGAAGUAAAGCUUUCAAUUUUUUUUUUGUUAUUUUACUUACAACUAUUAUUUCAAAUGGGGGCGAAAGCAACAACAAACAAAAAGUUACUGUCAAUUUCAUCUCGUACUUAAAGUAGUCUUUUCUUCACGUAACAUCCCGAAACCUGCUGUAACAAUGGAAAGGCUUCUGUAGUAGCCUAUUCCGAGUGAUAAGUGAUACUCAUUCAUACAAUACUAUCCAGAAAUAGUUCCUUUAGAGUGACAAUCAAGCAUAACUACAGAAUUAGAACGUGUGCAAUACUAAAAAACCAGUCUGAAGAAGAUUAAUUAUUAGAGUGUCCUCUACACUGUAUUUCUUUUGCUAGUGAAGUGCUUCAAUAGUCUACCUUUAAGGGCAUUACAUGCAAUACUAGUUCAAUUAAACAUGAACAUGAGCACAGUCCGUUUUUUAGUGCAAACGGUAGAUGCGGAAGAGUUUCACUCUACGUUUAUUUUGUUUCCUAAAGACAAUUAAUUCACAAAACACUCUAUUGUACAGCAUUCCCUCCGUAGUUUCAGACACAGCCCCCCCCCCAAAAAAAAUAAUAUAUAUAUAUUUGGCAAGUAAAGUAUGCAUUGAAAGAAUGGGUCUGAACUGUGGCUGUCCUUAUAUGGACACGGUAUGGCGACAUAUGUUAGAUUUUAUACAUUAGAUUUUUUUUAAAGUGUCAGUGUCUCUGUAAUCACAUAGCCCUGAUUGAUUCUGUACCUAAAUCUGCUUACCAAGUGGUCGCAAAUGCUUCCCCAUAGGCCUUCUCCAUGUAAUUGUAAUACAGUAGAUGAUGAACACUGUUCUACCGUUCUGCAACUAAUUCAACUUGAUUUAAAAAAUAAAUUAAAAAAAAAUGUUGUACAUUGUUGUAAAUUAGCCAUAUUUAUAAUUCACUUGCAGGAUUUAUUGUAAGAUAUAAUUCUGAUUUUAUAGUGCAAGUUACCCCUUUAUGUAAUAUCAUCAUUAUUUAGAUACAACUAUGUUUUUACUUAGGUUUUGUCAACAGAAUGAUGUUGAGGUAAAAAUAAAUAAAAUGUAAAACAAAUGUAAUUAAAAUAAAAAAUAU